AUGCGCAUGCGCCCGGUAGAGGCGGCCCUGCGCGCUUGCCGUACGCGGCUUCCGGGACGCGCCCGGGGCUGCUCCGCUGUAGAAGCUCUAGGACCCGGGCUGCCUGACUCGCAGGUGGCAGCUUGCGGCGCCGCAGGGACCUCGAGGAGUGUGGGGCGGCGCGGAGAUUGCGGCACUACGAGCGCUGCACGCUGGGCUUCGCAGGGCCGCGGGGUUGCGGGGUGGCUGUUGCUGGGAUCUGGGGGUGCAGCCCGGCGGCUCCACUCCUCUCCUACGGCCUCUUCCUCCUCCCACGACCGGCAGGCGGGUGUAGCAGGGACCAGACGGCGGCUCUCGCAUCCUGCGCGGGGUCACCGCAGCGACAGGCCACUUGGCGCCGGCUACAGGCGCUGCCUGACGGGGGCGAGGUUGGGGGUGGAGGGUAGUGGUGACGGAGGGAGGGCGCCUGCUCGGGUUCCACCGGGCUGGCCGGGGCGCUGGUACCUUCCGUGGCUGGAGAACCCGAGCCCGGAUCUUGUCCCAUUUCCUUUUCCUUUUAUAGUAAGGCCCAGAGGGAAAACCUCAAUUGAAAAUCCUACACCGUUGCCCCUGGGCCGCAGGCGCUGGGUUGGGUGUGUGCGGCUGGGCGCGGGCUCUCUGAGGAGCUCGGCUUCGCGGACCGAGCGGGUGGCGGCGGGGUGGGGACGGCAGCUCGCUGAAGCAGCCCCGAGCCUUGGACACUGCAUCCAGGAUCCUGAGCUGCUAGGAGUCUGGCCACUCCCGCCCGGAGCCCUGCCUUGGCUGAGCUAGUCACCGCUGCAUGUCCUGGGCUGCCAGCCUGCCUGUCAUCUGCAGUGCACAGGUAUGCAUGUGUUUGCAUAUGUAUAUGCACCACACACAUACUAUGCCCACCUUACACUGCACACGUACCAUGCCCACCUCACACACCCUGCAUACUGAACCCAUAUACAUCAGACACACUACACACAUAUCUGCCUCACACACCACACACAUACCAUGCCCACCUCACACACACCACAGACGUACCCUAUGCCCACCACACAGA